AAGCGAGCUGUUAACGUUCUCCUGGUUCUUGUUAAGACUCUAGCAGCAGCGCUCUGCACAAGCUGCAGUUGCUUCACAGCUUUUGGGAAGACCAGUUAGGAGACCAUUGCAGUAGUCCAGCCUGCUGGAGAUGAACACAUGAAUAAGCUUCUCUAGGUCUGGUCUGGACAUGAGACUCUGACUCUUGAUGUUUGAUGAAGGUGAUAAAACGCUGAUUUAGUUCUAGCCUUAAUGUGUCCAGUUAAGCUCAGGUCUGAGUCAAUGAUAACACCAACAUCUGGGUCUUUGUCUUUAUUCCCCUGGAGUCCAGCUGAGCAAUAACAUCCAUCCUAUCCUUCUUGUUGCCAAAGACAAAAACUUCAGUCUUGUCUUUGUUUAGCUGAAGGACGUUUGACUGCUUCCAGUCGUUUACGUGUUCUAGGCACUGACAGAGUGAGUCCAGUGGACGACAGUCACUAGGUGAUAGGGCUAGGUAGAUCUGGGUGUCAUCAGCAUAGCUAUGAUAGGAGAUUUUGUUGUUAAGUAUGACCUGACCCAGGGGGAGCAUGUAGAGAUUAAAGAGUAGUGGUCCUAGGGUUGAGCCUUGGGGGACCCCACAUGUCCUGGUGAUCAGCUAUGAUUGGUAGUCUCUAAUAGAGACAACAUAGCCCUGUGUUUCAGAUAGGACUGGAACCAGCCAACCACUGUGUCUGAUAGUCCCACCCAGUUUGAGUCUGUCCAGAAGGAUGUCGUGGUCCACAGUAUCAAAAGCUGCACUGAGGUCAAGCAUCAUCAGGACAGAUGCUUUACCUGAAUCAGUGUUGAGACGAAUGUCGUUUAAUACCUGAUCAGUGCCGUCUCUGUGCUGUGGUGCUGUCUACAGCCUGACUGAAGACCGUCCAUGAUGUUAUUUGACUCUAAACAGUUGUUUAUUUGGAUCAGUACCGCCUUUGCAAUGAUGUUUCCAUCAGAGGGAGAUAAGAGAUGGGUCAGUAGUUGUUCAACACUGAGGAGCUAGUUUCCUCUUCUUUAGAAGGUUUCACAGCAGCAGUUUUCAGUGGUUUAGGAGAAAGACCUGAUGUUAAAGAGCAGUUAACAGUUUCCAGUACCUCAGCUUUCAGGCCUCUAAAAACAUUUAAAGAAGUUAGUAGGCAGGCUGUCCAGACAGCAGGUAGAGGAAUGUAGGGUCUUUACUACGUCAUCCAGUGUUUUAGUACUAAUCAGGCUGAAAGCUGGCGUUGUGGCCAGGUUGUUGCUGUGUCGGUGGUCUGGUUGUGUUAGCUGAUGUAGGGGAAUGAAUGGCUGAUCUGAUGUUUGUGAUUAUUUCAGUGAAAAAAGAUGCAAACGCGUCACAUCUGCUCUGAGAUUUGAAGUCCGGGGCUAACUGUGCUGGGAGGUUAGCUAGCCUCUCGACAGUAGCACCCAGGACAUGGGAACUGUUCAUAUUAUCACUGAUGACGUGCCCUUUUAUCUGCGUGUUAUAAGUACGCAGCUGCAUGGUGAAGGUCUGAUAGUGAUCUGGUAGAUUACUUUUCCUGGAUCAGCGCUCUGCUUCUCUACAUCCUGGUUGUGGGUUAGUACCAGAUCUAGGGAACCUCCACGGAGCUUUCUGUUAGCCUGAGAUACCAUACCAUACCAUACCAACUUUAUUUAUAAAGCACAUUUAAAAACGGCAUGGCAGCCGACCAAAGUGCUGUACAGAAUAAAAAGUAAAAACACAAUAUAAAACAAAACACGGUCAACAAUAAAAUACACAACAAGGCAGAUAAUCACAGUCAAUAAAAGACACAUAAUAAAAUAAUAAAAGUCACGGAUUUAAAAAUGCCUGGUCUUAAAAGUGAGCCUCAAGCAGCGACUUGAACCGGAGGAGGGAUGGUGCCAGCCUCACCGAAAGAGGAAGAGCAUUCCAGAGUGUCAGAGCAGCGUAGACAAAAGCAUGCUGCCCCCGCGUUUUGUAUUUCAUUGAUGGAACGCGAAGCAGCAGGCAAUCAGCAGACCUCAACGCCCGGUUUGCAACGUAACGAGUCACAAGAUCCGACAGGUAAUCCGGAGCCAGACCGUUCAGGGCCUUAAAAACAAAAGUCAGGAUUUUAAACUUGACUCUGAAGUUUACGGGUAGCCAGUGGAGCCGCGCCAGUACAGGUGCGAUAUGGUCUCUUCUAGGGGUGUUUGUUAAAAUCCUGGCUGCUGCGUUCUGUACGACCUGAAGCCUGUUAAGAGCGGAGGCAGGCAAACCAAUUAAAAUGGAAUUUGCAUAAUCCAGUCGAGAGAUGAUAAAAGCAUGAAUUACGGAUUCCAGGUGCGCUCGUUUCAGGAUCGGUUUUAAGCAGACUAGUCUGCGCAGCUGAUAAAAACACGAUCUGACCACUGCGUUAAUCUGAGGGCCCAUGGAAAAGCGUGUAUCCAGUUUCACCCCCAGGUUGGUAACACACUGCUUGAGGUCAUAAGGGAGAGUGUCCAAAUCAGAAGAUACGUGUGUGGUUUUGUUAGGGGUCAUCAGGAGUGCCUCAGACUUAGAAUCACUCAGCUUCAGGAAAUUGUUGGCAAGCCAAACCCUCACUUCAGCCAAACAUUGGUCCAGAAGAGAGAGGGAGCCUGGUUUGUUCAAAGCCAGGUAGAUCUGGCAAUCAUCUGCAUAAAUAUGAUAGCCCAGGCCAUGUUUCCUCAGGAUGGAACCCAGGGGGAGGAUGUAAAUUGAAAACAGGAGAGGCCCAAGCACAGAUCCCUGCGGGACUCCCCAUGGAAGUGGAAGGAAUGUAGAGGAACAAUUACCCAACUGGACCUUGAAAACCCUGUUUGACAGAUAUGAGCAGAACCACUGAAGUGAGAUACCCCUUAGCCCCACCCAUGACUCAAGUCUAUCCAGCAAAAUAUCGUGGUCAGCGGUAUCAAACGCUGCAGAAAGAUCUAAUAGUAGGAGCAAAACAGGCGACCCAGAGUCAGAAGCCACCAGGAUGUCAUUGGUCACGCGAAGAAGGGCUGAUUCGGUACUGUGAAGUGGCCUAAACCCAGACUGGAACACACCAACCAGAGAAAAGCUGUGCUGUAAUCUGUGAAUAGACAAUCUUUUCAAGGACCUUAGACAAACACGGUAAUUUGGAGAUUGGCCGAAAGUUUGCAAGGUUUGAGUCAUCUAAACCAGUUUUUUUUUUAUUGGUUGCACAACCGCCUUUUUAAAAGAAGUAGGAAACACCCCAGUAGCCAAGCUAGAGUUAAAAAUGUCUAAGAUGGCAGGGCCCAAACAGGGAUGAUCUCACCCACCAUCCUCAGGGGGAGAGGGUCCUCGGGAGAACCUGCUGGUUUCAUAUUUCCAAUCAGAUCUGACAAUUCACUAAGAGAUAUGGGAGUAAAGUUAGAGAAUGAGGGAGGUUCUGGUGGUCCAUCAGGACAGCCAGAUCCUGGUUGCACAAGACCAUCCCUAAUGUCGCGGACCUUGUGAAGAAAGAAGGUCUGGAGCUCAGCACACAACGACACAGAGGGAUCAACACUACCAGGUUCAGUUAUGGACAAGAUGGAGGUGACAGUGCUAUAAAGUGUAUGCUGAUCACCCUGGUGUUGAGAGAUUAUGCAAGCAGAGUAUUUGUUCCUGGCUGAUCCAACACUUCUCUGAUACGGGUCAAGGGCGUCCAUCAGAGGCUGCUGUGAGAUCAGUAGCUUGUCCUUUUUCCACCUUCUUUCCAGCGCCCUGCAACGCCGCCUGAGUUUGAGUUCAAGUUAAAAAACACAAAGUGAAGCACGCUACCACGAAACCUAAACUAUACAUGAAACAGUGCAAACUAUGUGAGUAAAAGGAAGGUUCUAGCAUAGAACGCUGUUUUAUGCUAAGCUGCAGCAAAACGUGCUGCCUCCAGAUGAGGAGCAUGGCUGAGCUUGUUGGCUACUCGCCUCGGGUGCAACAGUGGAGAAGGAGCCGAGUGUUUUUGAUUUUUAUCGGCUUUUAAAAAUAAUUUUGGACCUUUACCUUUACCUGUGCCUGGCCAGGCACACCUUUGCUAAAGCAUGCAUGCUGAGGUUCGUUACUGACUGCAAAUCCCUGCCUGAGAGCUCUUUUCUCAGCUAGCAAGGCCUGCUUUGACCAGACUCUCUUGAUGACGGCCAGAUGAACAUGACCAUCAACACCAAACGCCUUCGACACGGCCUUCCAGAAGGGAGGAGUGCUGGCUUCUAAUUUGUUGAAGCUAAACGAGUCGGAAGCAGCUGUGACCCCUCACACCCACCCUCCAACGAUGUCCCAGCCGAUAUAUCGGUCGGCCGAUAGACUACGUAGAACCCGUCUACUUCUACCUCGGGGCGGUGUUGGGCCUGCAGGCCUUCUGCGUCACCGCUCUGUUUGUGUGCAGCUGGAUGAUGAGUGGAACCUGGGUGGCUGGAGUGCUGACCGUGUCCUGGUACCUGGUUAACAGACAGGACGUAAGCAAAGUGGUCCAAGCGGUUCCUCUCCGGGACAACUGGGCCGUCCCGUAUUUUUCCUGUCAGGUUGCAGCUUUGACAGGAUUCCUGAUCACCAACAUGAGCUCCGCUGCUGAGAUGUUCUGCUCUCUCACCAUGAGCAUCUCCACCUUCACCUUCCUCCUGCUCUGGGAACACGCCCACUACGUCCUGUUUGUCCAGGGACUCUGCCUGCUGCUGAUGGACUCUUUGGACCUGGUCCCUCAGAAGAAGACGGACCACGUUCAGAAGAUUUACCUCAGCUCGCUGGUUCUGGUCUACCUGUUCCACUUUCAGAACUCCUGUCUGCUCAGCUCACCUCUACUCAGCCUCUUGAUAGGCUUCAUGCUGGCGAGGUACUUCCAGAGAAGAAUGAAAAUGGGUCCAUUUGUUGCCCGCUUGCUGAAGCUCCUCCUACACCUGCACCUGGUGUUCACCUGUGGGAUCACCUUCUCUUAUUCCAUGAAGAAACUCCUGCCUGCAGCUGGAAGCCACCUCCUGCUGAAGGUCCUGGAGGUGAAGUUUGGGCUGAAGGCGACGUCAGACUUUGUCACCAACUUUCUCCUGUGCCACGACGAGCUCCAAACACCGGGUCAGGACCUGUUUCUGCGGCUGACGCAGACCUCUCUACUGCCCUUCUACAUCCUGGUUCUGUCCAUCUGUCUGCUGUCCACCCUGCAGACCGUCUACAGGAGGCUCAGCGGUCAGCCAAUCAGCAGCAGGCUCAGACUGGAGGAUGGACGAAUCGGAGAGCGGCCGGCUGUUGUUUAUCACGUUUUCCACUCUUUGGCCUUCGGGUUCCUGACGCUGGUGUUUGAUGGGAUGAAGUAUUUAUGGACUCCACACGUCUGCGUGCUGACAGCUUUUGGUGUUUGUUCUCCAGAACUCUGGAUGACUGUGUUCAAAUGGCUCAGACUGAAGUCUGUCCACCCCGUGGUUCUGAAGCUGUUGGAGCGGACUUCUUACCGGACCUGGCUGGGAAACCCCUUGGGAUUUACCCGGAGGAGCUGGCUCCGGCGGCUGGGGAGAGGGAAGUCUGGGCCUCUCAACGCUACUGCCCCCGUAACCCGACUCCGGAUACGCGGAUGGAAAAUGGAUGGACAAAUAACAGAUUUACAUUCUCUGAUUUUGAGCACGGCUGUUCCAACCAUCAUCUGCUUCAGUUUGUGGAGAGAGUUCUACCCUCGUGUUUUAUCUGAGCUGGUGGACCUGCAGGAGUUCUGUGAGCCAGACCUGGUGGAGCUGAUCAACUGGAUCAGGUCCCGGGCUCCUGCAGCAGCAGUGUUUGCUGGCAGCCCUCAGCUGUUGGGAACCAUAAAACUCUGUUCUGGCUCGGUUGUUACCAGUUUACCUAUCUUCACAGACGUGGACUUGUUGAGGAGAACCGAAGAUACCUACCAGGUAUAUGCCAUGAGGUCUGCAGAGGAUGUCUACAAACGUCUGACGGCUCAGAAAACCAGCUAUGUGAUCAUCGAGGAGUCCAUCUGUAAUGAAGUCUGGACACAAAAUGGCUGUAGAGUCAAAGAUCUCCUAGACAUCUCCAACAGACACGUCAUCCACAGUAAUGGAGAGAUGUUCUCACUGUCCAAACAUGGUCGGUUCUGCCAGGAGAUAAAGAUGGACUACUCUCCUUACACCAACUACUUCACCCGGGUCUUCUGGAACCGCUCGUAUCACGUCUACAAAGUCAACUCUGUCCUCUCCUUCCAGUUCUGACAGCAGGAGGUUUCCAGGGCGCUCCAGACAAAUCCAGACCUGUAGCACCAGGUUCUGAUUGGCUGCUGUAGCUUAACAAACCUCGUUAGUGUUGAUCGUGUGGGUUAAAGGCUCGGCUUGGUUGACCUGUUGACCAGAACCUUCUGGGUGUGUGCUGAGCCAUCAGCAGGAACAAGACAUCCGGUCCUGAUACACCAGAAUCUGCACUGACACUGGAACAUCUCACCUGGAUCAGAACACCCACCUGAAUGCACCUCAGUCUUCUGUUAAGGACCGAACAUCAGGAGGAGCUUUGGACCGACGCUGGAUUCCCAGUUCAGAGAAGAAAAAGUCCAGAGUGGCGUUUAGGGUUUGAACCGGUUAACCCCCACCUGACCCUUAAAGGUGUGGAAACGGUCGUGUUAAGCCCUCCACGGAUGUUGCAUCGUGCUAGUUCCUGAAACAGGCCACACCUUUAACCCUAACCCCAGCUGGGCUUUCUGAUCCAGUUGAACUUACAUCCUUAUUUGAAACUUGAUUUGCUGCCUUGUUCAGAAGUAAAGGUAACAGUUGAAUUAUUUUA